AUGUUGUUAAGCCGCGAGGAGCGACGACAAGAUGCAUUGUCCGUUCAUACUUUGAUGCCCAGUGAAGUGACUACAGAUGAACAAGAAGCGACAUUUCUCUAUUCUCAAAUACUCUCUGAAAUAUUUAUCAAUAUCAAGUAUGAAAAGGCCGAAGACGUCGAAGUCGGUCUUCAUGAAACAGCUGCAGAAUUACGCGAUUUGUAUGCGAAGAAUCAGAGUGAGAUUGAAAAGAUCAAUCUAUUUGAACGGACAUACACGAGUAAGACGCCAGUCAAAUGGUACACAGGCGAUAGUGCCGUCUAUCGCGUGGUCAACGAAGCACUUCGAGAACAAAAGACGGAGACACUCUACAAUGUACGAUAUUACAUCAAAGAUUUGCAUCGCCAAUUGACACAAAUGCAUAAACAAUGGAAAUCGUCCUUAUCAGAGAGACAAAUAACUCUUUAUCGAGGUACCGUAUGGCCAGAAAGUCAAUUCGAGAAACAAUUGCGCAGCAACAUUGGUGGACUUUUGUCAUUCAGCAGCUUCACUUCGACAAGUCUAGAUCGAACGCUCUGUGAUGUAAUCUAUGGCAAUUGUAGUGGACAAUUGGGUAAAAGUGGUAUUGUCUUUGAAGUCAAAGUGGAUUUAGACACCUGUCAAUGGCCUUGUGCAAAUAUUACAAGCGAAAGUCAUUAUGGAGAUGCCGAACAAGAAAUUCUUUUUACAAUGGGCACCGUGUUUCGCAUUGUUUCAGUGGAACCGAAGCAAGAAAAAGGUACGUUUAAGUUCUCUCUCGAGCCUCACUGCGUUUUUUUCCCGAUGCUCUUAUAUAAGACCCAAAGUUCAGACUGUCGUCUCUUUGAAACAGAACGUCAUUUCGCUUAA